AAUACGAAACAGAGCUUUUGGCGGGGUUCGAAACUGCAGUCGUUUUCCGAUGUUACCGAUCUCCAAGGGCUUUAGGGUUUUGCUCCAUCGGCGGCGUAAGAAGGUUAUUAGUCCGUCGCAGCGUCUUUGAGGUCUGCUUUUGACACUGCUCGAGCUGGAACUGAAAGAAGGAGACGAGCAGCAGCAGAAGGAGAAGAAGAAAAACAGGGGAAAAGUAUGUGGUAUCUUUGCGUUUUCUUCCAUAGACUGUUGGAUUACAGGCGACCAGAAGUCGAGGCUCUUGCGGAGCUCUUCCAGCCCAACAAAAGCAACGAGCCUCUGAAAUGGAGGGUUCCCGAAGAUCACCAUCCUGAUUCUCCUUUCCAUUUCGUCAAUCUGUCUUCUGAUGACGUCGCCCGAGACAUCGCCAAUCGAAGUUUAUUAGUGAAAGGAAUGUAUGAGCUGUGGGGCGAAGGAAGCACACUGGAAGAAUUGGAACAGGCGAUAAAGAGCUACCCGGAUGAGCGAAAGUCACCAUACUUGAGUUCUGAAAGUACUUUUAGGAUCACCGUAGACAGCUUUGGGAAGGUGAUGAGCUUUGAGGAGCAGAAUGACCGUAUUCAUCAACUUGCUUACAUUCCUUUCGAGGGUCGAGUUAACCUAAAACAUCCAGAUCAUAAGUUCUGGCUCAUGGAGACUGAUGACCAUGGGGGUAACAAUGGACUGCCACCAGUUGUUCAAAAAAGAAUAUUUUUUGGCCGUGAGAUAGGUGGUUCUGACAGGACGCUAAUUCCCACAUACCAGCUAAAAAGCCGAAAGUAUCUUGGCCCAACAGCAAUGGACGCAGAAAUGGCUUUUUUGAUGGCCAAUCAAGCGCUAGUCAAGCCUGGGAAACUUGUCUAUGACCCUUUUGUUGGGACUGGCAGCAUUCUGAUUGGUGCUGCUCAUUUCGGAGCAAUGACAAUGGGUGCUGACAUUGAUAUUAGAGUAGUUCGAGAUGGACGUGGCCCUGACCGCAAUGUUUGGAGCAAUUUCAAGCAGUAUGGACUGCCUAUGCCUGUUGGCCUUCUACGGGCUGAUAAUAACCUUCCUCCUUGGCGUCCUGGAUUGAAAGAGGUUUUCGAUGCUAUAAUCUGCGACCCACCAUAUGGAGUCCGUGCUGGUGGACGAAAGUCAGGUGGCAGAAAGCUGCUGAAGGGAGUUGUGGGACCAUACACGGUUCCUGAUGACAAGAGAACAGACCACAUACCUUCAACUGCACCAUACAGCUUAGUUGAAUGUGUACACGAUUUGCUAGACCUUGCUGCAAGGAUGCUUGUGAUCGGUGGCAGGCUAGUCUACUUCUUCCCUGUGCUCCGAGAAGAUGAAGCUAAUGUAGGCAAUACCGUCUUCCCAGAGCACCCUUGUUUUGAACUGAUUUCAUCUUCGGAGCAGAUCCUGAGCUCACGUUAUAGUCGGGUUUUACUAACCAUGGUCAAGAGACGCCCUUACACAGAGGAGAUAGCCGAGGCAGCUAGGGUAAAGCACACAGAGUUUCGAGAAAACCACGUCAAGUGGCUAGAAGAUGGCAAUAUUCAUUCCUCUGUUUUCACUCCAGCUGAUCAACUCACUGUGUCCGGAGAUACCAAACCACUUAGAGAUCUCAAACCUAAAUACAGAGGCAAGUAUGUCUAGUACACACUCACUCUGCACCUUUGACUGAAAAUCGGGUGCUGUGAUUCCAUUUUUGGCAUGUAUCAUUAGAUUGUUAGGACUUGAACAAAAGUGUCGAGCUAUUUUGUUGCGAAAGUUGUAUGCUUUACAAUUGUAGGGGGAAGGUUUCCUUCCCAGGAAAAGAACAAGAGAUGAGGGGGGAAAAGAAAGAUUUGAUAGAGUACAAGAAAAAAGACCUAUUCAAACAAACUGGUUAAGAUUAGUAACCAUGUGUGUAUCCCCCCAUGUUGUAUGUAUUGUGCUGUACCCUUCCAUACCCAACGUGUCCUUGCAUACCAUUUGCUGCAUAUUGUUGCCACAUCAGUUGCUCCUCCAUCAACAGGUGCUGCUUCUUCUCCAUCUCCGACAUUUGCACAUAGUGCGGUGGUGGCACUGCAAUUGAGGCUGCAAACGGGUCUGAAAACCCACCGGAGGUGUUCAUCAUUGAUGUCGGAGGAGCAGGCAAUGCUAGCAUAGCAGGUCUUCCAGCUGAGCCAAGAGCAACACUGCUAGCACUUCCACUUACUGUACCGUAGCCAGCCACGCCAGACAUUGCUGACGUAGUUGCUCCUUGCUGAUACAUCCCAUCGAGCAACGUCAUGUCGAAGCCUCCCGGCAGUGCAGGCCUCUGAACAGCUAAACUGCUUACUGAUUGAACCAGAGCAGUUUCCCAGUCAGCCUCAUCGUUGAAUGCUUCCCACGUUAGGGCAGGAGUACUCGUGGAGUUGGCUGCGACUGGAGGAGCCCCAUCAAACAAAGCUAAAGCUAGCUGAUUCGCAUGAUCGUCGCUCGACAUUGCAUCCUGUCCUAGAUUCAACAGAUCAGCCUCUUGUUGGACAGCAACCUCCGGCUUCACCUCUUCUUCUUCCUUCACCUCUUCCACCACAGGGGCAGCAUAACUUUCCUCUGGAGCAGGCAACGCCUUGAUGGUGUUCAUGUCUUCCUCGCCCGCCUCCUCAGCAUCCUUGAACUCCUCGUUAUCCUCCACUGACUCAGCGUCGGGACUUCUCCUCGUUUGCGACAGGACGGAUUUGUCGCGGAGGAAGUCGUCCAUGAGCUCGAGUUUCUUGUGCGAGAUGCGCUCGAUUUCAGGGUACUCUGAGGUCCGAGCAAUUGCAGCAGUCUUGCACCAGCUGUAGAACGAUUCGAGCUCGUCAAACUGCUUGGCGACACGACAGAAGAUCUCGUAGAUCUUCACGGCCUCCGGGAGAUCCAAGUCCAUGAAGCGGUCGAUCAACACGGCAAGGAUAUCGGUGAUGUCGUAGUACAAGUUGAAGCUCUCUUUCACAAUCGGGUACAGAGCCACCUGUACAACCCUGUCAUGCCUUGCAUUACCUGUAGGGCGGCAAGCAAGGAAGCGCUCGAGCAAAUGCAGCAAAUGCUGAACCCUGGAGAACAGUUUCUCAUUCUUAGCUUCACGAAGCGGCGUGGCUUUGACACCACCACCUCCACCACCACCGCUGCUUCCACCAGCACUACCACCACGGCCUCUUCUUCUGCGGUGGUGGCUGCUGCCUUCCUCCUCCACCUCCUCCUCGUCAUCCUCCAUCGCAAAGGCGCUCCUCUUUCCUCGCCUACCGAGCAUCCUGAACUCGAGCUUCUCGUCCAGGUACAUUGCGUACGUCCUCACGAAUGCAGAGUAGUCCCACGACUCGGACCUGGCAUCCACGAAGUCGGAGAGGUUGAGGAUGCGCGUGCCCCUCCUCGUGGCGAAGAAGAUCUCCUGCUCGUAUGCCGGGUCCCCUUCAUUGAGAAGUCGCUGGAUCAGCAUCAGAGUCUUGAGGGCCACGGUCCAGUUCUUGGUCUUGUUCAGCCGCCUCGAGAGCGUGCUGACACAUGCGCUGAUGUAGGAGCGCGAGUAGGAUGUCAGGCUGAGGAUCUCCCUGAUAUGUCGCUCUUCGGCGGGGUACUCCUCGUGGCGUGUGGCCUUCACGAUCGCGACCUCCAGGUCCGAGAGAGAGCUGCUGUUGUUCACCUUGGCUAGGCUUAUGCUCGCCUGAUCCUUCACCGCUCCCACGGCUCGUCGUAACUUGCUUGGUCCCAUUUUGUCUGUGUAUUGUUUGUCAAUCUCUAUGUUCUUGUUUAUCUUCUCUGUUCUUUUGAAAUGAUGGGAAAUUCUUCACCUUCUUUGUUGUUUGGAAAUGGUGGGCUGAAAGGAGGGAAGGGAAGGGGGAAGAGAAGGGAGAAAAAGGUUGAUGGGUAUCAAUCUUCUCCCUUUUCUUCCUUCUUCCUUUUCCCGUAGGAGUCCCUCCCUUAAUUCUGUUUUUGGUUUUGCUGUUUAUUGUCUGUUACUUGUUCUUUCUGGUUUCCUUUUUGUGUUCUGUCUAUUUUUUGUCAACCUCCAUCUUUUUUCAGGGAUGAUGGUUGAUGGAUGCAGAGGGGUAGAGAGACGAUCUUCCCUGUUUCUAGCAACUAAUCAAGGCAUUUUUGAGAUCAUCCGCAGUUAUGGGUGUAGCGAGAAUAUAGGAAAUUUUCUAUGAAUUCGAUUUGGCAGCUACAUGUGU